GCCAGGGAAGGCUGAAAAGCCUACAGUGUAUAGUCAGCAUGGACCGGAAGUCUGUACAGAAGCUAGUGGGAUCCAUUGGUAGUACUAUCACGAGCUUCACAAAAAAUGAACUAGAGUGUUUGGUCAAACUUUUUCACAGCUUUGUAAAAUCAAAUGAUGUAAGACCUGAUAUUGUUGGACUAGAUCGUGUUGCAUUUCGAAGGAUCCUGCACAGCAUAUUUGGAAUGACCGAUGAUAAUCUAAUGAACCGGGUAUUUUUUGCUUUUGACAAAGACAAGGAUAAUUUCAUAAAUGUAAAAGAGUGGGUUAAAGGAUUGUCAGUGUUUCUUCGAGGAACUUUUGAAGAAAAGCUAAAGUUCUGUUUUGAAGCAUACUAUUUGAAUGGUGAUGGCUACAUUUCUCGAGAGCAAAUAUUUGACAUGCUGAAGAACAGUUUAAACCAACUAUCAAAUGAAGAAGAGAGUUAUGAAGGCAUAGAAGAGCUGGUUGAUAUAACACUGAAGAAAAUGGAUUAUGACAAUGAUGGCAAGAUAUCUUUUGCUGACUUUGAAAAAGCAGUGAAAGAAGAGAGGCUUUUGUUGGAGGUAUUUGGACCAUGUUUACCAGAAGCAAAGAAUUGUCUUGAAUUUGAAACUCUAGCAUUCAAACACAUUCUGACAUCUGGUUUUUGA